AUGAACGCUCCGGAGCGGCACAAGAAGUACCAGCUCGACGACGACGAGAAGCGCAUGACCUACAAGAACGACGAGAAGAUCCCCAACGCUGGGACGUUCACGAUCAACAAGGAGGACCACACCGUGGGCAACCUGCUGCGCAUGCAGAUCCUGCGGAGCCCGGACACGAAGUUCGCGGGGUACCAGCUGCCGCACCCGUUGAUGAACGAGUGCCGCGUGAAGAUCCAGACGACGUCGGCGAACCUGACGCCCAUCGGCGCCUUCCAGCGCGCCAUCGAGGACCUCCAGUCCGAGAUGGACAUCCUCGACCGCAACUUCCGGGAACAGGUCGCGAAGAAGAAGGCGGAGUCGGGCUAA